AUGCAUGUUAGAGUAGCAUUCGCUUCACCACCUGCACCAUUUACAAGAUACGCAGCUGGGUUUAUUAGGAACCAUGACGGCACUCUUAUCGACUGCUUUGGACCUCGCCAAGCUGAAGUCACUGCUUCGUGGCCGCAGAUAUCAGCGCAACUCAUGCAGGCACCUGCACCCACAGGCAUUCAUCAUGUCUCACAAACUGCAAUCAAAGUAGAUCCAAAGAUUCCAGAAUGCCAAUCUGGAAGGGACUAUAUAGUUUAUGAGACAGUGCGGCCCGAAGCAGAUCACAUCCUUGGCCACGUUUUGCAUGCGCCAGCCAAGCAAACAGUCGAAGGCGACGCUUUUGAUAGGCUCUUGGCAGCAACAAUCCUAUCUUCAUUGCAGCUAAGCGCAGAAACUCACCAAAAGUCCAUCGCAGAAGAUGCCGUGGCGGAUUUUAUCGCAGACUUGUUUGAUCGUACGCUCCGCCACGAAGCCAAGCACGAUAAGUGGCGUGCAAGAGGGCGGGAAGGCUUUCGUGCACAAGUGGCCAAGUUUACGAGUAGUGGGAGACCUGUGGAAUUCUGUCUACCUGCGUUUCCUUGCAAAUCAUCUAACAAGGAAAAGGUCCUCUCUGAGCAUCCAGAUCGCGCAGAGCACUUGGCGCUGAAAGGCCUGCAUGCGUUUCUGCAGGAUAUUGAAGCAAUAUACAGCCCUGGAGCGAGAUUAUGGAUCAUCAGCGACGGCCACGUUUUCAGUGACUGUAUUGGUGUGGACGACGAUGUUGUUGAUUCUUAUAGCGCCAGCCUCCAACACAUGGAGCAGGACAUAGCCAAUAGCACAAAUGGCCAAGGGCGUAUCACUUUCAUGUCGCUACCAGAUAUGUUCUCUGGAACUUGCAGCAGUCUUAGCCGUCUCUGCGAUGACCGGCACCUACGCAAGCUUAUAGGCACCAGAGUCACUGAUGAGGCCGAGGCGUGCCGAAAAAUCCUAAUGGCUGGUUUCAGGCAAGAUGAUAAUGACCUUAGAACCCAACUAGAUGCUGGAGACACCAGCACAACCUCCUUGUAUCGUGGCUUCUCGCGGUUUAUGUUGGAGGACUUGACAAUGAACAAGUAUACGAGUCACCUGAGCCGGUCCCAGCUUCGAAAGAUGGCUUCAAAAGUAGCCUAUGAGAUGAUAGAGAGAAACCAAGCAUACUCGAAUCUCGUACAGACACUGUUUCCUCACCAUGUACGACUCUCUAUUCAUGCCCACGAUAAUGCGGGCCCGAAAUAUGGUAUACAAAUGCUUGGCCCAGGCGUGAGGACGACACAUGUCCUUCCACCUGACGGAAAGGGCGUUGAUAGCUGCGACAAGCUACAUGUGCCUACACCGUGGCACAACUGUGUCAUUGAAGUAGACGAAUAUAGCCAUCUUUUCCUAGUUAAAGCGAGUGUUGCUCGUUUGGCUAUGGAAAGCGGCGUAGUUACGGGCAAAGUGGUGGACUCGGGGAACGGGUUAUACAUGAAGAUGAACUAA